AUGCAUGGACCUUUUUCUGUUAGAGGAUUUGCAUCGAUCCGCAAUUUCAAGAUCCCGUCUAAUCCAAUAUCAGUGCAGAAGAAGACCAACUUGAUUGGAUUGACGCUCGAUGAUUUGAAGCAGGAAUUAGCAGGGUUGAAUCACUCAAAGAACUACUCGGCAUUGCAGAUUUGGCAGCAUAUGUAUAAGAAAGGGUAUACUCGAUUUGAGGACAUGCCUAAUAUCUCCAAAGACCUACAGCAAGAACUGAACCACAAAUAUGAAAUCAAAUAUGGAGAAGUCAAGUUGGAUAAAAUUGCACUCGAUAAAACAAGAAAGUUUCUGAUUGGAUUCAACACAAAGCAAGAUCCCAGAGCCAUUGUAGAAACAGUGAUUAUACCCGAAGCAAACAGAUCAACACUAUGUGUCUCAUCGCAAGUUGGAUGCUCGUUGAAGUGUAGCUUUUGUCAUACAGGAACACAGAAAUUAGAACGCAGUUUGACAUCAGGGGAAGUUGUGGGACAAUACAUGAUUGCCGCUACUCAUAGUGGCGACUUUCCGUUCAAAGACGACAAAAAAAAGAUGAUCUCAAAUAUGGUGUUUAUGGGUCAAGGCGAGCCCUUGUACAAUUGGAAAAAUGUGAGCAAAGGAAUCAAGAUAUUGACGGAUCCACAAGGCUUGAACUGGUCAAAACCCAAGAUCACAGUAUCGACUUCGGGAGUAGUUCCAUUGAUCCCAAAGAUUGCAACAGAAUUAGGAGUAUCCCUGGCUAUAUCCUUGCAUGCGACAAACAAUGCACUAAGAGAUGUGUUGGUGCCUCUGAACAAGACGUUUCCGCUGGAGACGGUACUGGAAGCGUGUAGGACGUAUGCCUUUCACAUGGGUAACAGAGGUAGACGGAUUACAUUUGAGUAUGUCAUGCUGGAUCAUGUCAAUGAUUCGCUGUCUGAUGCUCGUGCCAUGGUUAAAUUACUAAAGCAACUGCCUGCUCACGUCAACUUAAUACCUUUUAAUCCUUGGCCUGGAAGUGGGUAUGAGUCUACCAAAAUGGAGCACAUUGAGAGAUUUGCACAAGUUGUUGUUCAAGGCGGCGUUCACUGCACGAUCCGCAGGCCCAGAGGACAAGAUAUCAUGGCAGCAUGCGGUCAAUUAAAGAGCUCUGAGGAGAAGAAGCGAUUGAAAUAA